AUGCUGAGAACAUUAGUGAGACUGUUCAGCUCAACGGCCAGGACAAACCAAGAUGUGGCUUCCAUCUUAUUUUCAUCUGUCAAAGGAUCAGAAAAGGCUCCAGUGAUGGAAGACACCAAUGUUGUCCAACCUAAUACUCUUCGUGGUAGCAAUAAGAAAGGGAGAGUCGAUGAAGCAGUGAUAAAAUAUAUAUUGAACUGCAGAUUCACUAAGAACAAUACACAUUUCACAUACAGUGCCGUAAUGGAGGAUAGAAACUUUUUGGCGAACAAUCCACAAUUAUCCUACAACGAAAAAUAUCUAUACUAUUUGAAACUCCCACAACAGGUCAAAUUUCAUUUAUCUACUGGUCAUUUAGGGUUCCGUAAAGCUGCCCGUGGUGAAUAUGAAGCCUCAUUCCAAACAGCAACUAAGUUAUUUGAAACUCUUUAUCAGAAGAAGCUACUGGAUAAGAAUAUAGAAAUUGUUAUGAGAGACUUCGGUAAGGGAAGAGAUGCUUUCAUCAGUGCAUUGAACGGUAAGGAAGGAAACCUCAUCAGACGUCACAUAUCUAGAGUAGCCGAUGCUACUGAAUUGAAAUUCGGUGGUGUGAAGGCCCCAAGACCAAGAAGAUUGUGA